AUGGCACUCAGCGGUAAAGUCUUUGCCGGGUGGCUUGCAGCUGUCCUAGGCACUGUCUAUGUUGCGGUGCUUCUUUUGUCGCAUGACCAUUAUUCUGACGCUUCGUCUGGGGCGUCAAGGAUCUUGAAAGCGCGAACCUCGUUACCGAUCGACGACGGCCUCUCAUUGUCACCUAAUGAUAGCCCUGUGAGCGGCAAUCUCUCACGUCGACAAGAUGACUUCUCGUGUGGGCCUGGUCGCCCUUGUAGUAAUAGUGCUUGUUGUGGCAAGGACGGCUUCUGCGGUUAUGGGCCCACAUACUGCGGAGAUGGAUGUACAUCCAACUGCAAUGCUCAUGCUGAAUGCGGGAAGGACUCAAACCCUCCUGGGAAGACGUGCCCUUUGAACGUUUGUUGCAGCGAGUUCGGCUUCUGUGGCACGACAGAGGAGUUCUGUGGUGCCAAAUGCCAGAGUAACUGUGCUCUAGAGCCCUCGCCGCCUUCUGGCUCCGCACAAGGCCAGGUUCUGUCUCGAGUAGUUGGGUAUUACGAGUCCUGGAACUAUCGCUCAUCCUGCCGCAAGACCAAGCCAUCUGAUCUUCCACUUGAUGCUCUCACGCACGUCAACUAUGCUUUUGCUUUCUUAGACGCUGCAACAUACCACAUUACACCCAUGGAUAGUGGGACUACAGCCGACCUAUUCACCGAGACGACAAAUCUCAAGCAACUCAAGCCCGGACUGGAGGUUUGGCUCAGCCUCGGCGGGUGGACUUUCUCGGACAAUGGAACAUCUACACAGCCCCUCCUUUCUGAUAUUGCGAGGGAUUCUUCGAAGCGCACGGCCUGGGCCAAUCACGUGGUCUCUUUCCUGAACACAUACGGAUUUGAUGGCAUUGAUAUUGACUGGGAGUACCCUGGUGCCCCAGACCGUGGCGGAAAGCCGGAAGACGUCCAGAACUUUGUGGAGUUGAUGGCCUCUCUUCGCAAUGCGUUCAACAGUGCAGGCCGUAAGCUUGGCAUCAGCUUCACCAUCCCUGCAUCGUAUUGGUAUCUACGAUGGUUCGAUGUUCCUGGUCUUUUGCGAUACGCAGACUUUACGAACAUGAUGAGCUAUGACAUCCACGGCACAUGGGACAAGCAGAACGCAAUUGGCAAUGUCCUUCACCCUCACACGAACUUGACGGAGAUCAAGAAGGCCGCAGAGCUUCUCUGGCGUAACAACGUACCUCCAAACAAGGUGUCCUUGGGCUUUGGUUUCUACGGCCGCUCUUAUACUCUCUCCGACCCAAGCUGUUCCACCCCCGGAACUUGUCGCUUCAGCGACGGUGGUGCUCCAGGCCCAUGCACCGCUACAAGCGGCUACCUCUCCUACUACGAGAUCCAGGACGUCCUUGCCAAAAACCCUGGUAUCACCGUUAACUGGGAUAAAGAGGCCUCUGUCAAGUAUUUCAAAUGGAAUAAUGACCAAUGGAUAGCCUACGAUGACAAGGAUACCUUCAAGCAAAAGGUCGACUGGGCUAACUCUGUUGGUUUCUCCGGCUCGCUGAUCUGGGCAUCCGAUCUUGAUGAUAACCAAUUGAGCGCCCAUGCCGCUCUGCUUGGGAGAUCUGUCAAAACAAACAGCGAUGUCAGGUCGACUACUCUCGCCGAACUCAACACCGUCAACCUUCUUAACGCCAAUCUGGAUCAACAAUGUCAUAUAAUCAGGUAUUGCACAUCAGUAGAAGGACCCUAUGCAAGUGUAAACUUCUGCAAUACUGGUGAGAGCUACUUUGGCUUUGAUAGAGCGGGUUGUGGAAAGUUUAAGGGGCAUCCUAUCUGUUGCAAGACAACCAUCCAGGGCACCACGGGAAUGUACUUGGCGCGGAAACCCGACUGGGGAGGUUGGCCAAGCGAGUCGGGAGACAAGCGAUGUGGACGCGGCAGCAAGGCCUUCUGUUGCACUAUGCCGGACACUGUACCGGCCCUUCUAAAGCAAUGCAGGUGGACCGGAUGUGGCAAAGGUUGCAACAGUGAUGAACAGGACAUGGGCAAAGUCGCAACCGACAAGGACGAUUGGUGCGGUGUCGCCCGGGGAGGCAAGCACUUCUGCUGCCGCGCCUCAAACCCGGCAUUCAAGCAGUGCACCUGGCGCGGGCACGGCGACUGUGUUGACAACACAUGCAAGGGCAAUGAGGUCACAGUCAGGACCGCAGUCGACGGAGAUGAUGCAUGGCAUGCCUGCAAUUGGGGCCGUCAAAAGAGCUUCUGCUGCGAGCCAAAUAACCAGAUGACACCCAUCAUGUGUGACAAAAACACCAUCUGUACCGCAAGCCUCUGGGCAUACCAAAGCCUGUGUCAGCCCGAUCCCUGGGCGAACGACUCUCCUAAUAGCAAGCGAGAGCUCGAUGCCGGCACUUAUGCCUCGAUUUCCAAGGCAGACAAGAUCAGGGAUGGUCCUGAGAGCUCUGGUUUGGUGCCGGUGUCGAGGCAGUUGCACCAGCCACACCCUUUCUGGGAAGUCAUCUCCAAGAGGUCGCCCAGCGGCAGGCCUAUCAACUCAUAUAUUCAUGUCUUCCUUGGAGCACACUUGGUCGAGAUGGUCGUUAGGCUUCUAGCUCAGACCUAUCCUGGCCCGGCCACCCUCACGGCGACGCAAAACGGAGCCCAAAAUGCGAGCCCAUUGGCAUUCAGACCAGCCGGGGGUCAAUGUAGCACGACCGGUGUUGAGUCAUUCCCGAGGGCACUGUUGGCUGUGAAUGGCCCGGGGUCGAUAAAUACGCAAGGCCGAGGCUACGAUACAGAUCACCCUAUUGAACUCCAAUAUGUUGGACAGUUGCUCACUGCACUGGUUGACGGCCUGCUCCCAUCCGGGACGAACAUUAAUCAGAUCCUGCCCAAUGUGCAGACCAUUCCCUGGACCACGAUACGCCCAUACUGGGAUGAAGAUAUGCCCUACAAUCAAGCUAUCGGGGCUCUCCCGGAUCCAACUCCAUUCACUGACGUGAAUUGGGGCAACAUUAACAAUCGUCUGUUCGAGAUCCUUGGUUCCAAGACCAACCGCGCGCCGUUCAGGACACUGGACCGCCCCAUGAACAACAUGAAGGGCAAGAUCUUUGCGCGCCAGAACCCGUACGAUUUGACUGAACUCAGAAACCAUAUUACUAAUGCAAUAACUACUGGCCAAGGCGAAGAGACUUUUCUCCAGCCGAUGAGAAUGGUGGUAGCCAUCUUCCGCUACCUCUUCGAUCCCAAUGUGAGCAACUCGAUACAAACGCAGAGGAACCAGCUAUUGGCACAAGCCACGGCCAUCACCAACAACAUACCGGCUCUUCAGCCCUUCCUGGCCAUCUGGACCGAGUUCGACCGCGACUUCUUCGAGGCCACAGCCAACUUUGCAAGAACAUGGGUCGCGGACCAGAUCAUUACCGUCAUCGCCGCUUACCAGGCCGCGAUCCGGGCCAACCCCAACAAUCCGCCAGCCAACGCGGCGCAAGUGCUUAACGAGCUCAAUGCUCUGUUCGACUCGCUCCAGUAUAUUCGCGCUCCGCCAUGA